AUGAUAAUUCUAUCUUGGAAUAUCAAGGGUAUGGGUAGAGUUGGGAAAAGGCUUAGAAUUAAGGAAGUUCUUAGAGAAAGGAAAGUGGAUGUUGUGUUUUUUCAAGAAACUAAAAAAGCUAGGAUGGUUGAGGGUUUGGUUCGUUCAUUAUGGCCAUGGGAUCCAGAUGGAACAGUAGAGGGGUUGCUAUGUGUGUGGAGGCCUUCGGUGUUCUUAACGAAUUCUUGUUGUAGUAGCCGAAAUGUCAUUAUAGUGCCAGGUAUUCUUCUCCCUGACUUUGAGUGUGUGUUGGCUAAUGUCUAUGCACCAAAUGAUGUUGUAAGAAGAGGGCUCUUCUGGUAUUCUAUUGUCAGAUUAAAGACCAGCUUUCAGAAGCCAUGGUGCCUGGGAGGGCAUUUUAAUGAAGUUAGGAACCCAUGGGAACGCAAAGGCUAUCUAAGAAGAGAUAGGGAAAUAAAGGAUUUUAAUGACUUCAUAGAUUUAAUGGAAGUCACAGAGCUUCCUCUGCUAGGCAGACAGUUCACUUGGUGCAAUGCUAUGGAUGGUGAAAAAUGGAGUAAGCUUGAUAGGUUUCUCCUAUCUCCUGAGUGGGUUCAUAUGUUCAAGUUUAAGUUUUGGGGAUUGCCAAGGUAUGGUUCAGAUCACUGCCCAAUUAUACUCAUGGAGGAUGUUAGAGAUUGGGGUCCGAGGCCUUUUAGGUUCAUAAAUGCGUGGGUACUGCAUCCUCAAUUCCUUUCUUUUGUUAAGCAGUCUUGGGAGGAAUUGGGUAUAUCUGUAGGGGCUAGCUUUGUCAUUUCUUCCAAGCUGAAAGUUCUCAAGUUAAAAUUAAAGCAAUGGAAUCUAGAGGUCUUUGGGGACAUCAAACAUAAUCUAAAGGUUGCGAAAGAGGUGUUACAUAAAUUGGAGUUGGUUGCGGAAUCUAGACUACUUGAUGAUUCGGAAAAGGAGAGGAGGAAUGUGUUGAGAGGGGAGGUAUGGAAGUGGAGCACAAGGGAGGAGUGGAAGAAUAGGAUUUUGCUCAAUUCUCUAACAGUUGAUGGGAAUCUUGUUGAGGAUCCUGAGAAGCUGAAGGAGGAGGUAUUCAGGUAUUGUAAAGGCCUAUCUUCUAAGAAUUGGAAAGUGAGGCCAAAGCUGAUUGGUCAGUUUAAGUCCAUUGGAGGUACUCCGGAAGUCCAGUUGAUUGAGUCUGAAUUCACGUUAGCAAAGAUUUGGGAGGCAGUUAAGAUGUCUAAAGGAAACAAAGCUCCUGGUCCGGAUGGGUUCAAUCUGGCUUGUUUUUAG